ACGAUUGACGGGCUAGAUCUUAACUGUAAGACAAGGAAGAAGAACCCAGUGAACUUUUCCUGUGAAUACUCUGGGAACUUCCUUUCUUCAGCAGAAUCAAAUCCAGAAGUCCAUCCCUGGCCCUCCUGCCCUCUGGCCUUUGACGAGCAGCAAUUUCUUAGUCAACAUGAGCUGCGCAGUCAUCCUAUUCCAGAUUUGCACUCAGUAAAUCCACUCUGACCAGGAGAUUCUUGCUCAGAGUAUCAGCAGCGGCAGCAACAGCAUUCUGAUGAAAACCAACCGGGGGCCAAAGCAGACAAUCAAGCAAGGGGAGAUUCUAAACCCUUGUCUGGGAGUAUAACUGAGAGGGGGACUCCCCUAGUUCACCCCAGCUCCCAGACAGGCAAUUGAGUGUUGAAGGUACAACUCAGGCCAGCCCUGAGGACUGCUCUGGGACAGCGCACAAGGACAUGCUCUGGGAAAGCACACAAGGUUCUUCAGAGGGUAGAAACCUGAGGAUUUGGAGCAGUGGAGUUUGGAGAGCGUGGACUAGAUUUCAGCCGGAAGACAAACCUACUCAGACACAAGGCAGUCACAGGGGAACACGAGUGUGGGCGAGGCUUUGGUGGGAAGUCACAUUUCAUCAGACAUGAGAGGACACACACAGGGGAAAAGCCUCAUGGGUGCGGGGAGUGUGGGCAAGCUUUUGGCUGCAAGUCACACGUCAUCAGACACCAGAGAACACACACAAGGGAGAACGUGUGCACAGUGUGUAGGUGAGGCAUUACGGAAAAAUCAGACCUCAUGAAGCACCAGAGGAUUCACACAGGAGAUAAGCCUUAUGUGUGCAGGAACUGUGGCUGUGGCUUAAGGGUGAAAUCAUACCUCAUCACCCACCAGAAGACGCAUUCUGGGGAGAAGCCUUGUGUGUGUGUGCGUGUGAGCUUUUAGCCACAGGACAGUCCUCAGCACACAGCAGAGGACACACACAGGAGAGGAGCCUUACAAGUGCAUGGUGUGUGGGCUUUAGCCACAAGUCUACUCUCAGCACACAUCAAAGGACACACUCAAGGGAAAGGACUUAGGUGUGCAAGGAGCAAGGGUGUGACCUAGCAACAAGUUAUCCAUCAGACACACCAGAGGACACACACAGGGGAGAAUUCUUGAUUGUAAGGGAAUGUGGGCUAGGCGUUAGCUGGAUAUCACUCCUCAUUACACAGCAGAGGACAUGCUCAGGGAGAAAUCUUAUGUACAGGGAGUGAGGGUAUAGUGUUAGCUGGAGGUGGCCUCUUAAGAAACACUGAGACUCAGGAGCCUGGGUGGUUUAGUGGGUUAAACACCUGGCUCUUGAUUUCAGCUCAGGUCAUGAUCUCUCAGUUCAUGAGAUCGAGCUCCACGUCAGGCUCUGUGCUGACAGUUUGCGUGCAUGCUCUCUCUCUCUAAAUAAAUAAACUUUAAAAAAGGAAUUAAAAAAAAAGAAACACUGGGAGUCAAAUCUGUCCACCGUACAUGAGUGGGCUUCAGGGACAGUCUUCUGACCCCUUAUGCCCUCUGUGAGCGUGAAGAUGGCAGAGGCCCAGCUUCUGAGAAGAGAGGUACUGAGCCAUGGUCCCCUUGGGGAAGCGGUCUUUGCACCUGAUUGACGACUUCUUACUUCCUUCUGCAAGUCCAUUGACUUCCAUUGACUUCUGCCAUGCUCUCCUGUUUUCUUUUUUUCUAUGUUCCUAACCUGCUGUAUCCUCUUCUACCCUCACCUUUAGGUAUUGCUCAAGGUUGGGUCUCUAACCCUGCAAUCUGAGGGACUCCGCAGCCAUGUCUUCCUUCUACCCUCUAAUCCCAAGCCCAGGUCCCUUUAACCACCCCCCAAAAGUUCUUUAGUCUCAGGACUUACACCUCAUAACCAUGCUGCUUUGGCCCUCUCCUGGCAGGUGUAAGAUCACCAGCCAUGCCCACCACCAGUCUGGUAAUACCAGGUUUCGAGGCUUUCAAGCACAGCCCCUCAGAAGCACCCCCAUCCCCCAAUCUCAGUGCCCAGCCUUUUAGCCACCCACCCACAUCCGUCCUCACUAUGCUGCUAAAGCCGCUCUCACCUGUCUUACAUCCCCAGGGCCCAGAUGGCCCAGAUUCCUGAUUUGUCUCACUCCCUUCUUGGCCAACAUGAUGGAAAGAAAAAAUAUUUGUUUUCUAUUAAAACCCACACAGGGUGCCUGGGUGGCUCAGUU